AGGGGGGAGGACCACCACCAUCACCACCACAACAAUAACAAGAGUCUGGGAGGGAAAGAUUCAAAACCUCAGCAUCACUUCUUCAGCCUCCCGUCAAAUAAUCAUCCCAGUAGUAGCCAUGGCCACGGGGGAGCCUGGGGGAAGCGGCAGCAGCAGCAGCCAGCCACCCAUGGAGGAAAUGAUCGACAGACUAAUGGAGGAGCUUGAGGAAAUAAGGAAAGAGGCGGGAGAUGAAGAGACUUGUAAGAAAAACCCCAAUUUGUCCAGUAAUGUUCCCCUGAGCUCCCUGAAAACCUUUAAGUUGAUGCUGGAGGGGGAGCUGGAGGCGCUGCAGGAGAUGCCUCUAGAGCAGCUGCCCCCCGACCCGGAAAUGCUACAGGAGUUGGCCGUGGAGGAGGUGCAACGGACCGCCCACUGCAACGCAAGGACACUGGAGUUUUAUAAGAAGAAGCUGGAGGAACUGAAGGAGAAGAAAAGGAAAUAUGAGACGAAGGUGAAGAGAGCCACGAUGGUGAGCCAGACCCUUGACAAGCUGCAGUCCCACUACCUUUCAGAUGAAGAGAAGGCUGUAGUACUGGAGAGGAAGCACAACAGAACGUCCACGCUGUUCCGGUUCCUGAGGGGACAGAUGCACUUCAUUCUGGAGACUCUCUACCCAAAAGAAAUGUCAACACCAGAGAGCAUCAAGCACAUGGAGGAGCUGCUGGACUGUUUUGUGUCCCAGAUGUUGAAUGCGCCAAAUGACCCUUACGUGGAGCUCAAUGAAACGAUGGAGGAGGAGCACAUCAACCUCCUACUGCGUGCCAACCUCAUCACGCGCCACCCCACCGACAUCACACGUGUCAGGUUUAUUGACCCCAGGGUGUGAGUGGAGAUGAGGAAAGAGAACAGUUCUGCUUUGGGAUAGGAUUGUAUUGUAUGUUAUGUUUAUAUUAGUUGGAUGGGUGGUGUUAAGUUAGGUUUUUUAAUUGUCCCUAAUGCCUCGUGUUUAUAGAUUGAAGGGUUAGUGGGUGGUCAUGGUGUUGAGAAUAGUUGUGUUUGAUGUUGACUUUUGUAUUUGUUAUUCCAGGUGUUGUUUGGAUGGUUUAGGUUAGGUUAGGUCAGAGGUGUGGGAUGUAGAAUAAUUGUAUUUUAUGUUGAGUCUUGUUUGUAUCAGUCAUUCCAGUCAGAGUUCAGAUGGUCAGGUCAGGUUAGAGAGGUUAGGUUAGUGUCAGGUUAAGUCAGCUGUACUUUUAGGUGAAAAUACCUGUGUGUUUUACUUCUUCUGUUUUUAGUGUGACCAUUAGGAUGCACUAUAAUAGUCUAAGAGUAUAAUACUAUUUUUCUAGUUUUCUAAAGUAUAUUAUAUUAGUGUAUACAAAUGCUGGAAUAUCACCACCAAGUAAAAAAUUACAAAGCUUUAUAUUACAAAAUGCUGGUGUACAGUUGAAUGUCUGGAGAAUAUGGAGAAUGUAUUUUUUGUAACAGGAGAACUGAGGAACA